GCAACUCUAUAGUAAAAAACUUAUUUUUUUAAAUCAAUAAUUGCGUGGGUAUACACUAAUGUCUAUUUUUGAUAUCAACAAUUGAAUAACAACAUGUUUAUUUCUGAUCCAAUUUCUGAUAUCAAUAAUUACAUUUUCCCUAUUAAUAAUGUUAAUUCUUGAUAUCAAUAGUGUGAUAGUUACUAGAAAAAAACUAUUUUAGAUAUCUUCAAUUAAUUUAUUGAUAUCAGAAAGCUAUUUCCUGAUAUCAGAAAUACCACAUGCAACAUGUUAAAAUUAAUUUACAGAUAUCAAGAAUGAGCAUUUCAACUAGUUAAAAAUGAAUUCUUGAUAUCAGGAACUUAUAUUUUUACUAGUAACAAGUUAUUUGUUGAUAUAAAAAAUAUGUUUUUACUAGUAAGAAAUGCAAUUCUGAUAUCUGAAAUAAGAUUUUUUACAUGUAAGAAUUUAAUUAUUGAUAUCUGAAAUUGAAUUUGAAUAGCUUUUGUGAUAUUUAACUAGAAAACGUGCAAUUAAAAAUUUAUUAAAAUGAUCAAAAUCUAAUUCGGCUUGCCAUAACUUCCCUUAAGUUUUAUUUUUCUUAUUGUUAGUAUUUUUUCAUGUAAUUACAUCUUACAAACAUUUGCUUAACAUUUUAAAUUGGUCAUAACAAUAUUCCGUCGGUUGUAUUUUGUUUAAACGUUUGCGUAGUAGCAUAAAACCAGAAAUUCUUCUGGACCAGUGCUAAACCUCCCAGCUAACAAUUGUUGGUAAGCGCUUGGUUAUUUUAUAUUUAAUUUAUAAUAAAUUAUAUUAAUAUUUUAUUGUAUGUUAAUUGUGUAAAAUCAAAUCAAACUACUCAACAGGUAUUGAUCAUUUGCGUAGGUCUACCGAAAGUUUGGUCCACUAACGAUUGUUUAUGGCCCAGUGACACAGUAGACGCAGGAUGCAAGAGGGUCACGUGAUGGGAGAACCUUCUUCCCGUUAGCCGAUUAAUGUGUGCCUUCAGAGAGCUUAUCCCCCAUGCAUACUUCCCAUCGCGCCCCUAUGCAACUUCAAUGACCUACUCAGCCUAAAUAAAGCCUCUUUCUAAUUAGCACCCGACCUCCCCCGGUCCUGUGAGUUCCCUCUGCAGUCUUUCUACUGUGCACUGUAGGCUCCUGGUUCCCUCUUACCUGUAAGCGAUGCUGCAGUGCACUUGUAUUGCUGCCAUUUGCGCUGGUUGGGGAAUGUUAAAGGUGUUUUCGUCCACUGGUGAUCGAGUGCUGGGUUCUGAUGUGUGCGAGUGAGUGGUUACCUGUUGGUUCAGCUCGCUGAAGGAUGUAUCGUCUGCUGGUGGCUCAGGUCCUGCUGGGCUGCUGGAGUGCGGCACAGCCCUUCUGUCCCUCCCAAUGCACUUGUGUGUACCAUGGACGCAGUGAUGGCACUGGUGCCAGGUCUGUUCUAUGCAAUGACCCUGACAUGGCAGAUAUUCCCGUCAACGUCCCUGUGGACACUGUGAAAUUGCGGGUAGAGAAGACAGCUGUGCGCCGAGUGCCCACCGAGGCCUUCUACUACCUGACAGAAUUGCGCUAUUUAUGGAUUACGUACAAUUCUAUCACUUCUGUGGACACUGGCAGUUUCUACAACCUGAAGGUUCUUCAUGAGCUACGACUGGAUGGGAACAUGAUCGCUACCUUUCCCUGGGAGUCUCUAAAAGAGAUGCCCAACCUGAGGACCUUGGAUCUGCACAACAACCGGUUGACUAGUGUUCCUGUGGAGGCAGCACCCUACCUGACUAACAUCACCUACCUGGACAUAUCCAGUAACAAGCUAACUACCCUGCCCUCUGACCUGGUAGACAUCUGGCCUCCAUUUUCAGGCGCACUGCAGAGUGCCAACUCUUCACAAAAGAUUGUUCUUGGUCUGCAGGACAAUCCCUGGUACUGUGACUGUCGUAUUUCCAAGCUCAUUGAGCUGUCAAAGAUGGCCAGCACACCUGUGGUGUUGAUGGAUCUGUUUCUGACAUGUUCUGGGCCGGAGAACUUAGCUGGUGUUCUGUUUCAGCGGGCUGAACUGAAUCAGUGCCUGAAGCCAUCAGUUAUGAUGUCAGCAACGAAGAUCACAUCACCGUUAGGGAGUAAUGUGCUCCUGAGGUGUGAUGCCACAGGUUUCCCUACACCCACCCUAAUCUGGAGCAGAGCCGAUGGAUCAGCACUGGACAACACAGUUUUGCAGGAAUCUCCCGGGGAGGGGGUUCGUUGGUCCAUCCUCAGUUUACAUAGUAUCCUGUUCAAGGACGCUGGCGAUUACCGUUGCAAAGUCAAAAACGUUGCAGGGAAUGCAGAGGCGUUCAUCACCCUAUCUGUGGAUGGCAUGGAAACCUCAAUACAGUCACCAUCGCCAAAAGUGACCAAAAGGCCCGAUGUAGAUGACAAACUUGUUGAUCAAACCGUGAUUUCUGUCACCGAGACCUCAAGGAUUCUUGUUUCUACAUCUCUCAGCCCCGCCAUAUUAACGACCCGAGAUGCCAUAACCACGCAGUCCCCUCUACCACCCAAGAAGAAUCUGGGACCCGGUGGAGGACUGCAAAGGUCUCCACCUGCUGACAGACCGGCUAAAGUCCAGCAAAGCAAGAACGGCCAGUCAAAAAAGAAAGCUGAUAUCGAAGGUGUUGAGAUUGUGGAGGAGACCAGUGACUCAGCGGUCUUACUAUGGACGUCUGGUAGCUUACCCAGCGACACACCUCUGACUGUGGUGUACUUCCCAUAUGAUGCUAAAGAUGAUAAGGAAACAUUUGAUACGGUGCUGGGGCAAGGGAAGCUCCUCCUGGAAUAUCUAAUGCCUAACCAGAUGUACACCGUGUGUUUGGUUACAAAGGGGUCUGUGUCUGGGAGAGAGCAAUGUAUGGAUUUCAGUACUCUGGAUAACACUAGAGAUGAUGGACAAAGCAAAUUUCUGAUGAUCGCCAGUGGGGUUGCAUGUGCAAUUGUGGUGCCACUCAUCAUAGUGCUGGUUUACAAGAUCUUGUGUCUCUGCUGUAUAGGAAACGGUAGUGAGAAUAGUGGACAAGAUGAGGACCUUUCAAAGGAGACAUAUGUGAAGUUUGAGACGCUUACUAUGAAACAGAGAACACUGAAUCAGCCGAAUGAUCUCUGGGCCCGGAGACAGACUCAGGAGUCUGAGAGAAUGCUCCUUUGCUCACGCUCAAGUAUUGACUCUCAAAUGACUUACAAAAGUGACGGCUCUAGAUGUGAAUAUCUGUGCUAAUGUAUAGCACAUGGUGUAUCACCAUUGAAGUGUUAUACAUUCUACACACUAGCAACAUAGCUCAGCUCUUAGCUGUUGAUUUACUGUCAAAUUUGCCUUACCUGGUAUUUCUGCACCCUAUAUUGUAUCUUGUGUCUCAUUUCUUAUUUUGUAAAUGAUUUGUUUUGUUUUUUCAAACCAUUCAGUGACAUAUAAUGCUGUGGUUGUCUUUGUAUGAAAUGCAGUGGAUGUAAAUGUGAAUGUCUGAUGCAUUUUGUGUAUGCCAAUAUGUGAUUUUUUGUAACACCAAUUCAUCAUAAUAAUGGGUCAUGAGUUAAUUUUAAUACCUUUUGAUGCCUUUUGAUAUAUUUUACUUUUUUCUAAUCAGAACUGAAAGUUACAAAUGAUUGGAGUUUUCAAAUGACUUUUUUGGUUUUGGUGAUAUGUACAUCAGUUAACAAAUGACAGAUUUAAUGUCACUGCUCUGGGUGUACAUGUGUUCACGAUUCACUGGAUGGGUUAAAUGCAGAGGUCACAUUUCGGGUAUGGGUCACCAUACAUGACAAAUAGGUCACUUCCAUUUACAUUGUUGUAGUAAAGUUCUUUCUGUUCCAUGUUGUUUACUUUUGAUAUUGUACAAUUUUGAGUCAAUUGUGUCAAGGUAAGGAUCAAAUAGAAGAAUCACACAAAAACACUUUCUUAGCUGCACGGUUCAUAUUGACUUGAAGUGUCCACUUGAUGUUUAAAUGAUUAUAUAAACAUAACUGGUGUAUUUUGAAUUGUGUAAGUCUUACUUUUUUGGUUGAACAGGAGCUACAUGUGAAAACUAGUGAACGUAUCUGUUGUUUGUGUAAACGUGUCUUUAUAUGUUAUGUACAAUACACUGUUAAAAAAUG